GAGACACAAAGCCGUCGUAAGUCAGCUAAUCGGGGCUCUUGUUGUUUAGAGAGAGAGCUCAGAUCAGAUGUGGCUUUCUUCUUCUUCCUCUUCCGUAGAGUGACUCUGAGAACAUCAAAUUCCACCUUUUUUGUUUCCUUGUUCGUUUAUUAGGGCUCCUCUCUAACAGCGUCGGUUUAAGAGUUGUCUGUUUCACUCGCUAUGGCUCAGAAGCCGGAGGAACAGUUGAAAGAGCUGGGAUCGAAGCUUGACCUACCUCCUGUUUCCAAAGAUUCGUUGCUCAAACUCUUAAAGGAAGCUGCUGUUUGUCUUUCUGAGUUGGAGCAGUCUCCACCAUCUGCAGUGCUCAAGUCCAUUCAGCCUUUUCUUGAUGCAGUUAUUAAACCUGAAAUUCUCAACCAUCAAGACAAGGAUGUCAAGCUUCUUGUUGCAAGCUGCGUUUCUGAGAUAACUCGUAUUACAGCACCUGAAGCGCCUUACAGUGAUAAUAUUAUGAAGGAUAUUUUUCAACUGAUUGUGAGCGCUUUUGCUGGGUUGAAUGAUGCCAGUGGUCCAUCAUUUGGAAGGAGGGUUGUCAUUUUACAAACGGUUGCAAAGUACAGGUCAUGUGUAGUGAUGUUGGAUCUUGAAUGUGAUGAUCUGGUGAAAGAAGUAUUUACUACAUUUCUUGAUGUUGCUAGAGAUGACCAUCCGGAGAUGGUUUUCUCAUCAAUGCAAAAUAUAAUGAUUGUUCUUUUAGAAGAAAGUGAAGAUGUGCAGGAGUAUCUUUUACUAAUUUUACUCUCUAAAUUGGGCCGCAAUAGAAGUGACGUUAGAGAUGCUGCAAGAAGACUUGCUAUGAAAGUCAUAGAGCAGUGUGCGCCCAAAGUUGAAUCUUACAUAAAGCAGUUCCUUAUCUCUUCAAUGUCUGGAGAUAGCCGAGUUUCCAGCAGUCAAAUUGACUACCAUGAGGUUAUCUAUGAUUUGUACCGCUGUGCUCCUCAGGCCCUAUCUGGAGUUGCACCAUAUCUCACUGGAGAGCUUUUGGCGGAUAAACUGGAAACUCGUUUGAAAGUGGUUGGAUUGGUUGGAGAGUUGUUUUCCUUGCCUGGGCGUGUCAUCUCUGAAGAGUUCGGUUCAAUUUUUUUGGAAUUUCUGAAAAGGCUGACCGAUAGGGUAGUUGAAGUUAGGAUGGCCAUCCUUGACCAUAUUAAGAACUGUUUGCUCUCGGAUCCUUUGAGAGCUGAGGCUCCUCAAAUUAUAUCUGCUCUCUGUGACCGGCUCUUGGAUUAUGAUGAGAAUAUCCGCAAACAAGUUGUUGCUGUUAUUUGUGAUGUGGCUGUGAGUGCAUUGACUUCGAUUCCAGUUGACACUAUGAAGUUAGUUGCUGAACGGCUUCGUGACAAAGCUAUACUAGUAAAAACAUACACAAUGGAAAGGUUGACUGAGUUGUUCCGGGUAUAUUGCUUACGGUGUACUGAUGGGAAGGUAGACACUGGCGAUUUUGAUUGGAUUCCUGGGAAAAUCUUGAGAUGUCUUUAUGACAAAGAUUUCAGGUCAGAUACAAUUGAGUAUAUUCUAUGCAGUUCACUGUUUCCUAGUGAUUUCUCUGUAAGAGCUAAAGUUAAGCAUUGGAUACAAAUCUUUUCCGGGUUUGACAAAGUGGAGACCAAAGCUUUUGAGAAGAUACUGGAGCAAAGACAAAGGAUACAACAAGAAAUGCAAAGAUAUUUGUCAAUCAAGCAGACGCAACAGAGUGCUGAUGCUCCUGAGAUUCAGAAAAAGAUCCUAUUUGGAUUCAGAGUUAUGUCACGUGCAUUUUCCGACCCCCCAAAGACUGAGCAAAACUUUUUAAUUCUUGAUCAACUGAAAGAUGCUAAUAUCUGGAAGAUUUUGACUAAUCUGCUUGAUCCCAACACUAGCAUAAUGCAAGCGUCCAGGAUUCGGGAUGAUAUGCUCAAAAUACUCUCUGAGAAGCAUUCUCUCUAUGAAUUUCUCAGCACUCUCUCCAUAAAGUGUUCUUAUCUGCUAUUCAGCAAGGAAUAUGUGAAAGAGAUAUUAGCGGAAGUAUCUGCUAGAAAGUCGUCUAACAAUAUAUUGGGGAUCCAACCUUGCAUGGACUUCUUAGCGCUCCUGGCAUAUUUCUGUCCAUCAUUGUUUGAUGGUGCUGAAGAAGAACUCAUAAGUUUCCUUAAAGAAGAUGAUGAAAUGAUAAAGGAGGGUACUCUAAAAAUUCUGGCAAAAGCAGGUGGUACCAUUCGGGAGAAUCUCAUUGCUUUAGCGAGUUCUGUGGACCUUUUACUGGAGAGGAUUUGUGUUGAAGGAAACCGCAAGCAGGCUAAGUAUGCUGUUCACGCACUAGCAUCAAUAACAAAGGAUGAUGGCCUGAAGUCGCUCUCUGUUCUAUACAAGAGACUCGUGGACAUGCUGGAGGACAAGAGACAUCAGCCAGCUGUUCUUCAGUGUCUUGGAUGCAUAGCGCAGAUUGCGAUGCCAGUCUAUGAGACUAGAGAAAGCGAAGUAGUUGAGUUUAUUAGAAGCCACAUCCUCAAGCUCAAAAGUGAAACUGUAGAUGACAAAAAAUUAUCAUGGGAUGACAAAAGUGUAAUUUGUCAACUGAAGAUAUAUGGGAUCAAGACGUUGGUUAAGAGCUAUUUGCCUUUUAAGGAUGCUCAGCUUCGUGCGGGUGUUGAUGAUCUUCUUGGAAUACUAAAAAACAUUCUUUCCUUUGGCGAAGUAUCUGAAGAUCUAGAAUCAAGUUCUGUUGACAAGGCCCAUUUGAGACUUGCUGCUGCAAAGGCAGUCCUCCGCCUUUCUAGACAUUGGGAUGAUAAGAUACCUAUUGAGAUCUUCCAUUUAACUUUAAAAACCCCCGAGAUACCAUUUCCUACAGCUAAGAAAAUAUUCCUCGGGAAAGUUCACCAGUAUGUAAAGGAUCGGGUUUUGGAGACAAAGUAUGCCUGUUCAUUCCUAUUUGAUAUCACUGGAUCAAAUGUUCUCGCAUCAGAGGAGGAGAAACACAACCUAGCUGAUAUCAUACAGCAUUCUUAUCAAACGAAAGUGCGGAAAAUUUCUGCUCAGACUGAUGCAAAUUCAGUGACUCUCUACCCUCAUCAUAUCCUUCCUUAUCUGGUUCACGCACUUGCGCAUCAUUCUUGUCCUGACGUUGAGAAAUGCAAAGACGUUAUGGAAUAUGAAAUGAUAUAUCGCCAAUUAUACUUGAUCAUUUCUAUGUUGCUCCAUAAAGAGGAAGACGGGAAGACUGAAGAUAUUGAUAAGGAACAUGAGUACGUUCCCACCAUUGUUCUUAUCUUCCAUAGUAUAAAACAGUCAGAAGAUGUCACUGAUGCAACAAAGUCAAAGAACUCACAUGCGAUCUGUGAGCUUGGGCUGUCAAUAAUCAAUCACUUAACUCAGAAAGAGCCUGAUAUACAAGGGGAAAUCACACCUGUAUCGUUGCCUCCGACGCUUUACAAACCUUCUGAAAAAGUUGAAGGUGACAAGUCUCAGGUAGGUGAAGAGAAAUUGUGGCUAGCUGAUGAGACUGUCCGGGCACACUUCAGGGCUCUCAAGUUGGAGAGUCAUGCUGAUGCAUCUGUGAUCCCCCAAACUUCGGAAAAUGAGGUUAUGAUUGAUGGGGAAAGUGAUGGAAAUGAAAUUCCUCUGGGUAAAAUUGUAGAGCGUUUGAGAGCUCAGGGAACCAAGACUAGAAAGGGCAAAAAGAAUAAAUCUGUACCACCUGAAGAUGAGAAUGGUAAAAAUGAUGUCGAUGUUUUGAAGAUGGUGAGGGAGAUAAAUCUAGAUCACUUGCAAAUGCUGGAUAAAUUCGAAUCCAGUAAUGGACAUAAACAUUCCCCUGGUGAGGGAGCAGAGAUAUGUCAAAGAGAUCAGAAGGGUAACAAAAGGAAUGUUGGUGAUGCAACAUCAGUAGUUUCAGUCCCUAAGCGCCGGAGAUCAUCUUCUGGCCAUAGUCCUUACAAGUUCUCAAACAGUGGUCCUAAAGUUCCACUGAAAGGUUCUGAAGAUGAGUUGCAUCAAGAGAGAGACAUGGACAAAAAUGUCUCUUCGGACUCGCACGAUGAAAAUUCAGACCAAGAGAAAAGAUUAGCAAGCAUCUCUCCCCGAAAGAGAAAGAAAAGCUUAUCAUCAAAAUUAAAGAUUACAGAAUCUGAUUGGGCUCUCACUGAUCUGGAGAGGAGUAGGUCAGCAGGAAGUGGUGAUAGCAAAUUAAAGUCUGCCUCUGGAUCAAUGAAAAAGCGAAAAAACAUGUCAGGACUGGCGAAGUGCUCUACAAACGAAAAUAAAUUGGUAAAUGAUGAACUGAUCGGUUGCAGAAUAGAAGUUUGGUGGCCUAUGGAUAAACGGUUUUAUGAAGGGACAGUUAAAUCUUAUGAUUCCACUAAACAGAGACAUGUGAUACUUUACGAGGAUGGAGAUGUUGAAGUACUUAACCUAGAGAAAGAACGGUGGGAGCUCAUAGACACCGGUGGAAAGCCCACGAAGUAUUUGUACCUACUGCAGAAGUCCAGAACAUCAAAGGGGAGUUCUAAUAAGAAAAGAUCUUCUGAAAGUAAGCCUAAGAAUUUGGAUGGCCUACUGAGGGAUGAAGACCCAGUUACUACUACGCCAAAAGGGAAAAGAACUCCUAAGAAAAACUUAAAACACACACACCCAAAAGGCACACCAAAAUAUCUUUCUUUAGAACAUGAGAAACUAGAGAGCAGAAACAAGAAAAGACGAUCUUCUGCCAUACCAAUAGGGACAGAAUAUAGUGGGGAGGCUGGCGAAGAGAAAUCAGAGUCUGAAGGAAAGUUGUUGAAAGAAGGCGAGGAUGAUGAGGAAGUUGUAAACAAGGAAGAAGAUUUACAGGAGGCAAAAACAGAGUUGAGUGGGGACGCUGAGGGGAAAGAAGCUGAACAUGACAACUCAGAUACUGAAGGGAAACAAGAAAACAAUGAAAUGGAGACAGAAGCUGAAGACGAUGCCGAGGAUGCUGAGACUUCUGACAAUGAGACUCUUGGAGCGUGGAAAAGUAAAGUGGGUAAGUCAAUCUCGAGGAAAACAAUAUAGGUUUGUCGUAUGCCAUAAUGUAGAAGAAAUUGCGGUGAUUGUCCCUAAGUAUUGGUGGUCUCUGGAUUGCUGUGGUGUAUAUGUGGUAAAAAUGUGAGAUUUGUAGGGUUAGUGAUACAUACUUGUUCUAACCACCAUGUUGGAAAGAAUAAUAGGCAGAAGAAGCUCCUCCAGAAGCUUAUGUGGUCAUGUAUUGUAGCCUCUGUGUGUGUUUAUUUGUAGGUUUGUUUUAUGUUUUCUGUAAUAUUUACAACUUAUAUUCCUUAACCCAAAGUGCUAUUCUCUUUUGAACUUAAUUACUU